AUGUCAACAACUAACAACAUAGCGCAGGCCCGCAAGCUGGUGGAGCAGCUCCGCAUCGAAGCUGGCAUCGAGAGGAUCAAGGUCUCGAAAGCAUCUUCUGAGCUAAUGAAUUACUGUGAGCAACAUGCCAGGAAUGACCCGCUGCUGGUUGGAGUGCCCGCUUCGGAGAAUCCUUUUAAGGACAAAAAGCCUUGUAUCAUCCUAUAG